GUUUUAGGGGAAGUCCGUUACACACUCUGCAAGGAACCUCCUGCCUCUUACACAGACACCACUUGCAGGACAGGACGCACUCCGGAUCACCUAAUCACCUGCCCUAAAAAAGGAUUUUGUUCUUCUUUUUUAUUUUACCAUCACCACCUCCACCUUUGUGUCCACCAUGACCAGGUCCAAAAUCAUCUGCAAUAUUAUGAUUGCCUGCCUGUUCCUGUGGUCGGUCAGCUCCCUCAUCAUCAUCGUGGUGUGGGCCACCUCUCCGGACAUGAAGGGCGACAGCCAGUGCAGGACUGAUCUGCAGAACCUGACAGAGAAGCACGAGGAGGCCAGGGUGCUGUCCUCCAAGAUCAAGCAGGCCCUGGAGGAGAUGGUAGAGGAGGGCCGCACCAACCAGACCCGGCAACUCAUAAACAUGGAGCGGUUCCUGAAGCGUUUGGGCAAGACCAACGUGUCCCUGGCUGACUGUCAUCAGGAAAGUGUUAUUUUGGGUGUAAACAUUACUGUCCUGGAAAAAGAGAUUGAGAUGCAUAAAGAAAUCGAGGCAAAGCUCACUUCAGAAAUCACGCUACACCAAGAGCACAUCAAAUUCCUUCAGGUUAACUUGACAUGGACAUCUCAUAAGUGGGUGUCCUGCGAGGCUUUGUACUCAGCUGCUGAGAGUCAGCGGAUAGCAGCUGAGAGCCAGGCCAAGGACUGCGAGUCCAACAAGCAGUAUUUACAGAAGCAGCUGCAGAUGUGCAAAGUGAACCAUCACAGCGAGCCUGUGAAUGGCGGAGUUGCCGCACCCCAGAGUAGCAAUCUUGCCCUGUCUGUUGUCCUCUUCGUCAGUCUGCAUUUGAUAACAUGAACAUGAUGCUGAGCCUGUGUGGUCAUUGAAGACAAUUACGACAAGUUCUCCAGGACAAUAAGAUGGACCUGGACUUGGUAUUAUAUGGUUAUUAGUGCUGAGCGAUUAACCAUCAUAAAAAAAGUAAAAAGUUAUUAAUAACCUCUCUGGGAUAGGCGGGACGCUUGCGUCCCACUUGGCCAAUAGCCAGGGAAAAUGCAGAGCGCCAAAUUCAAAUAAAAUACUAUAAAAAUCAAACUUUCAUUAAAUUACACAUGUAAGACCCAAAUAAAAACUACACUCGUUGUGAAUCCAGCCAACAUGUCAGAUUUCAAAAGGCUUUUCGGCGAAAGCAUAAGAUGCUAUUAUCUGAUGAUAGCACAAUAGAAAACAAAGAGAGAGUAGCAUAUUUCAACCCUGCAGGCGCGACACAAAACACAGAAAUAAAAUAUAAAUCAUGCUUUACCUUUGACGAGCUAGUUUUGUAGGCACUCCAACAUGUCCCAUAAACAUCACAAAUGGUCCUUUUGUUCGAUUAAUUCUGUCCAUAUAUAUCCAAAAUGUCCAUUUAUUUGGCACGUUUGAUCCAGAAAAACACAGCUUCCAAUUUGCGCAACGUCGCUACAAAAUAUCUCAAACGUUACCUGUAAACUUUGCCAAAACAUUUCAAACUACUUUUGAAAUACAACUUUAGGUAUUUCUAAACGUUCAUAAUCGAUCAAAUUGAAGACGGGACUAUCUGUGUUCAAUACAGGAAGACAACAAACUGACGCUACUUUUCGAGUCAUGCACCUCUCUCAAAAAGUACACUUCAAAUGACACUCGUUCAAGAUGGCCGUACUUCUUCCUUACACAAAGGAAUAACCUCAACCAAUUUCGAAAGACUGGUGACAUCCAGUGGAAGCAGGAGGAACUGCAAACAAGUCCCUUAGAAAUCUGAUUUUCCAAUGAAAACUCAUUGAAUAGACAGUGACCUUAAAAAUAAAAUCUGAAUGGUUUGUCCCCUGGGUUUUGUCUGCUACAUAAGUUCUGUUAUACUCACAGACAUGAUUCAAACAGUUGUAGAAACUUCAGUGUUUUCUAUCCAAAUCUACUAAUAAUAUGCAUAUCUUAUAUUCUGGGGAUGAGUAGCAGGAAGUUGAAUUUGGGCACGCUAUUUAUCCAAAAGUGAAAAUGCUGCCCCCUAUCCCGAAGAAGUUUUAAACAAAUAAUUGACCAACCUCGGUUCAAUUACUUGAAUUUUAUUUCAUUUUAUUUUUGGGAGCCCAAAUCAAAUGAUUCACAAGAUAAAUCAACUCAAGAAAUUUGUGGGACGCUGGGCUGAAGGGAGUUUCCUUUAAGAAAAUAUUCAACCUAGUUCAUUGUAGAAACAUGGUAAUUAUUUACAGUGACCAUAAUCUAUUGCGCCUGUUUUUCUGUCUCAGUCAGAGAUGAGAUGAUGACUUUAAGGAAAGAAAAAUAAUAAAGUCAUCAAAUAAUAUACACAACUGAAAUAUUGUAUUAUUAAUGAUGAAUUUUCUAUUUUUCUAUUGAUGUCUACCCAAUGUGGACCUGACAGAGACAAUGGGACAUUUUCAAUGUUUUGGCAAUUGAAUGUUCACUAUUUUGGGCUUUGGAAUUUCUAUUAAAAAGCACAAAAAUAAUUCUUAUGUCAUUAUUUCAUAAUGCAUUUAAUGUUAAAAAAAAAGCAUAUUGAAACCGAAACCGAACCGACCUAGAAAAGCACGGAUCGCUCAGCACUAACGGAUAUCACUGCUGUAAAAAUGUUGACUGAAACAAAUUAAGGAAACAGUCAAUGAUAGUUUCGUUACUAUUUUAGCAGUUUUUGCCUCCAGUUCUUUCACAUCACAUUAUUAUACAUGGCCUAAUUUUAUUAUUUAAUAGUACCAUUAGCUAUGCUAUAAUUUAAUUGAAUACCUAGGUUUUUAAUGUCCAUGUUUUGGGAUAUUUCAACAAGGCACAAUUUCAGUAUGUUUAAAUUCUCUUCUUUUUAUUUUUCUGUAAGUAAGUGUUGCUCACUAUCCUUUAUGGCAAAUCUAUGCAAACCUUAUACUUUUAUAAGCCUCACAAUGCAACAUUAGUUGGAAUUUAUAUAAUAAAGUGUGUCCAAUUAUUUUUGGCACUGGCCAUU